GGAGGCCUGUUAGGUAAGGGGGGUGUGGACUGUUCAAUUCAUUCAAGGAAACUGUUUGUCCUUCAUAGUUUACCCAUUGAUGCGACAGCGAUAGACUCGGAUUCACAGACUAUCCUCCCCCAAGUGCACCAAGCGUCAACAAUAGAAACAACACCAACACUUUUCAAUACACAUCAAAGUAAAGAAAAAAUAGGGUUAUGGGCACUUCAAAACUGCAAACAAGUAUAAAAUCAGUGCAUGCCAAUAAGCACCAUCUCUAUACAGAGUUCAAUGCACCCAGCCCUCUGGACAGUGAACAGUACCAAGUAUCUGAUGAACAUUACCUGUGAACAGUCCCUUACUGACAAUGAACGGUGUGAUCGACGUCGGCUCUUGUUACGUGGGCUUACUCAAUCUUUGCCUGAAAUUUUUCCAUUGCUAUACACUUUAUUAGAGAGGCAUUUUGGAGCUGCAAUGAGUGAAGCAGGUAGGCAACAACUAGACAUUGCAAAACAGCAUGCAGCAACAGUUACAGCCACCCUUAAUGCGGUUAAUGCAUAUGCUGAGUGGGCACCAUUAUCUGAUCUUUCAAAAUAUGGAAUAAUCCAUGGCUGUGGUGUCUUACUCUCUUCGCCCGAUUUCCGCCUUCAUGCAUGUGAGUUUUUCAAACUUGUCUCCCCAAGGAAGAGACCUCUUGAUGCAGCAUCUGAAUUUGAUUCUGCAAUACAUAGUAUCUUUAAGAUCUUGAUGAGUGUCUCUAGAGAUUUCUUGUACAGAUUUAGCUACGGUGCUGGUGUUGUCGAUGAGAGUGAAUUUGAGUUUGGGGAGUAUAUAUGUGAGAGUAUGGUGUCUUUGGGCAUUUCAAACUUGCAAUGUUUGGCUGGUGAUAGCACGCUGCUUUCUUUUUAUUUGCAACAGAUGCUGGGAUUUUUCCAACACUUCAAGCUGGCACUUCAUUACCAAUCUCUAUUAUUUUGGCUGGCACUUAUGCGAGAUUUAUUGUCCAAGCCGAAGACUGUUCCACAUGCAGCUGGAGACAGUUCUGUAAACCAUCUAAGCUCUAGUUCAGGAGAGGUUGAUAAUGAAAAGAAAAAGAUUUUAAGUUUUGUGAAUGAUGAUAUCUGUAGUGCUAUAUUGGAUAUAUCUUUCCAACGGAUGGUCAGGAAAGAAAAAGUUCAUCCUGGAACUGUGCUUCCUGUUGGGAUGUUGGAAUUAUGGAGUGAUGAUUUUGAGGGCAAAGGAGAUUUCAGCCAGUAUCGCUCAAGGCUGAAAUAUGGCUUGGAUGGGGCAACAAACACCAACUUUAUUUAG